CGUUCACUUUGUUUUUAAUCCAUUUUACCACUUCGAUUUUCCUUCUCAAUAAAAGUCCCUUAAUUAUUACUAAAUUUAUCACUCGAUGGGUGAUUAGUGCUGGUUCACGUGAUCACCGUUAAUGUAUUGUUGUCAAAAAAUUUGACAAUCAAUCUGGAAUAUUUAGGGACAAGGAUUUGACAUAUGCGUCAUUUGAGUUGAAGGGAAUAGUGGCGGUGAUUUGGGCGGAUAUUUUUAUUAUUUUUUUUUUUUGUCGUCUAAUUUUUUAUUGAGCAGUGGGUUAUUCUUGGUGGUGGUGCAAUGAUUAUUUGAUCUGUUGUGAUAUGUGCGAUAUUGAUUCGGAGAUGUGUGAUCCUACGGCACUUCUUGAUCUCGUGCCGGAUGAGGGAUUACUCAAACGACCCUGUAUGGAUUACAACGAGUACACGUAUUGCUACGGUGGGGGUAGAGGGUGUUUAUUGGAUAAUACGGCACCUAGGGGUCCACCCGAUGUGCCCCCUCGUAAUCCUACAAUGAGCAGACUGAAUGGAAGACCCCCAGGAAGUCACGCAGCAAGUGAACACGAGCAUGAUCCGGACCUGGAGCCUUCGUGUCUUGUACGCACUCCAUCGGGUAACUUCUACAAUAUAAAAACUCCGAAAAAUGAAUACAACAACAAGCAUCAGUCAACAGGAAACAGCCCAAUAAAAGUCGAACUUCAGAACAACAUGGACAGGGUACAGAUACCAUACGGUCACGCACCAUCGAUGAUACCAAUGAGAAGACAGAGUAUUCGUUGUCAUUUUCGGAAGGGCAUUGACUGGUGCAGCUGGAAGCUCAUCGCAAUAGUCGUGAUAAUGGUCUCACUGUGUCUCACAGCAGCUCUGACAUACGUAGCCGCUUCGAAUAUAGUGAACUGGUCGUACCAAGGCACUAAAGCCUGCACCGUCCUUGUUGGUGAUAAUGCUGAUGGCAAGUCACCAUUGGAAUCCAAAAAUUCAUCAUCAGCAUCAUCAACGUCGUCACCUGGCAGAUCAAGGACACCGUCAUCUGGAGGUAAUCAUCUGGAUAUUAUCGACUUCUAUAGUCGUAAACGUAGAGACACAAAUCAGCAUGAUAGUUUGCACAUUGAUACUUAUCGAGAUCGUAAUUCGGCCGGUGUUACGAUGCAUGAUGGUGAUGGUGUAGAAAUAACUGGUAAACUCAUAACAGUAUCUGGUGCUCACGAUAACGCCCCUGAUUUAGCUAAUUUUGGUGAUGGUACUUAUAGUGUUUCUGUGUCUAAUCCUUACGAUUUUCCUUCUUCCCACCGUUCUGCUACCACCGAACAAUCACAAACCUCGAGCAUUAUUUCAUUAUCUCGAGAAACAACUAGUUACAGUUCGGAACAUUCCGAUGAAAUUACUGAAGUAAAUUCACGGAUUAUUGGUCAGGAAGUAACGGAAAUUGGAACUGAUAAUGCGAGUGGAACAAUUGCUCCAAUUAAUGGUGAAAUAGCCGAGUUACCGUUGAUCGGGAAUAAUUUUGAAAAGUUCGAUGACGAGUCGCAAAAGUUGGUGAAAUCAACUGAUGAAGGGGAAUGGGAAAGUACCCGAAGGAUAACUGAUGAACUUCCCCAGGAAUUUUCAGCAUCAACCGUUGAAGUUCCACCACCGUACGUUCAUGAGUCUGAAGAGUUUCUUCAGAAUGAUGCAGCCCCAGGUUUGACCCCUUUGAAUGAAGAAGUUGAAGUUGUGAAUCUGGACAAAAGAAAAUCAACAACAACCCUGAAGAAAGCGAUGUACAACCCAGUGAAGCAGGACGAAAAGCAAGAAGAUAUCAAAUCAUACUUGAUCACAAAUGACGUGAAAAAGUCCUCCGAUUAUUCCAGUGAUUUUUCCCACGAAGAUCUCCAAGUAAUAAUGAAAGAAGGAAACGAUGAAGACUUCUUGCACGAGUUUAACCGUCGGUUCCGUAACCACGACUCAAUCGACAACGAGUUAUUUCCCCCAGAGUCGCAACCAAAGAACGACGACAACACCGUGAAUUCCAUUGAAUCGCACGACUUGAUGGAUCCAAACUCAAUCCUAAAUUCCAAAAAGCACGUGAAUGCACCCACGAAUCAUCUGUCAUUCGAUCAUAAUCCACACCGUUUGCUCAUUAACGUAUCAAUAUCCACGGAAGAUGCAUUUUCAUUGGCAAAACCGGUGUACGUGCUAUCGGUUUCAAUACCCACCGAUGGAAAUAAUCUAACACCUAGCAUAACAAUUGGUGCUGAUCAGGUAUUGAGGACUAAUGAGGCCCUGGAGAUGUCACUACCACCACCACCACAACCACCAGUUCAGCCACCACCAGUCUGGGGUGGUGGUGAAUGCGAGUGCUCUUGUCCCUGCAUGGAGACAUCUUCUGAUGAGUGGGAUAAUUUUCCACCUGACAUUCAGACGAGUGUUGAUGAUGAUGAGGCUGUUGCUCAGGAUGAAUUUAAAGGGGUUGAUGAGUUGGAUGAGGGAACCACUGGGGCGGAUACCACGGCGACUCGAGAGGUCAGUGGUACCACUACACAGGGUGAAACGACUAAUGAGGGGUUCACCACUGAUGCUAGUUUUUGUACUACUCCACUACCCCCAGAGCCUACUAUUCUUAUUCUUGAAGGUGCAAGAACCUUUCCAGCUAGGUCAUUCCCUCCAGAUGGUACGACAUUUGCUCAAGUCAGUCUCGGUCAACGCCUCAGUGAAGAAAUACCAGCUUACAGCUACUGGAACAUGCAAUUUUACCAAUCCGAAGCGGCCUACGUACGUUUUGAUUACAAUAUUCCUCGGGGUGCGAGUAUCGGUGUCUAUGCGAGAAGAAAUGCUCUACCAACACACACUCAAUACGAUCUUCUGGAGGUACUCAGUGGAUUUAAAGCGAGGACAACUCGGGCAUCACAUCCGUCGAUAAAGAAAGAGGUAACUCACUACAUGGAACCAGGUCACUGGUUCCUCUCCCUCUACAACGACGACGGUGAUCCCCAGGAAGUCUCGUUCAUAGCAGUAAUUGCUGAAGACAUGACUCAUAAUUGUCCGAACGGUUGCAGCGGCAAAGGCGAGUGUCUCCUCGGUCAUUGUCAGUGUAAUCCUGGUUUUGGUGGUGAAGACUGCAGUGAGAGUGUGUGCCCAGUGCUGUGUAGUCAGCGAGGUGAAUACAUUAAUGGUGAAUGCCAGUGCAAUCCAGGGUGGAAAGGCAAAGAGUGCUCGCUGAGACAUGACGAGUGUGAAGUACCAGACUGCAAUGGCCACGGUCACUGCACCAAUGGUAAAUGCAACUGCGUUAGGGGAUACAAGGGUAAAUUCUGUGAGGAAGUCGAUUGUCCCCAUCCAACAUGCUCUGGUCAUGGAUUUUGUGCUGAGGGCACUUGUAUUUGCAAGAAGGGGUGGAAGGGAACGGACUGCAGUCAAAUGGAUAAAGAAGCACUCCAGUGUCUGCCUGAUUGCAGUGGACAUGGCAACUUCGAUCUCGAGAGUCAGACAUGUCACUGUGAGCCCAUGUGGUCCGGUGAUGAUUGUUCUAAAGAACUCUGUGAUUUGGACUGUGGGCCACACGGACACUGCGUGGACAAUGCUUGUGAUUGCCUAUCGGGUUGGUCCGGUGAGCUCUGCAAUCUGAAACAGUGUGAUCCACGUUGUAACGAGCAUGGACAGUGCAAAAAUGGUACGUGCCUGUGUGUUACUGGAUGGAAUGGACGUCACUGCACCAUGGAGGGCUGUCCAAAUUCCUGCUCGGGUCAUGGACAGUGCAGGGUUAAUACCGAUGCUCAGUGGGAGUGUCGGUGUUACGAUGGAUGGGAUGGAGCAGAUUGCAGUGUUUUGUUGGAGCAAAAUUGCAAUGACGGCAAGGAUAAUGACAGAGAUGGCCUCAUUGAUUGCGCUGAUCCUGAAUGCUGCGCUAAUCAUGCCUGCAAAGGUAGUCAGCUUUGUGUAUCCGCACCUAAACCCAUCGAUAUUCUUCUUCGUAAACAGCCGCCAGCCAUAACAGCAUCUUUCUUCGAGCGCAUGAAAUUCUUGAUCGACGAGGGAAGUCUUCAGAACUACGCGCGUCAGGAAACAUUCAAUGAGAGUGUGUUCUGGAAUCACUUCAAUACAAGUCGAUCAGCGGUGGUACGUGGACGGGUGGUAACAUCACUUGGAACUGGUUUGAUGGGUGUGCGAGUCAGUACCAGCACACCACUCGAAGGUUUCACCCUAACAAGGGACGAUGGCUGGUUCGAUCUCCUCGUAAAUGGUGGUGGUGCUGUCACACUUCAAUUUGGAAGAUCGCCAUUCAAACCACAGACCCACAUAGUGUUCGUACCAUGGAACGAGGUUGUUAUAAUUGACAGGAUCGUAAUGAGUACCGUGGAUGAGAAGCCCCCAAUCCAUGUACCUCACGCCUGCUCAGCGCAUGAUUACGAUUUAAUGAAGCCAGUAGUCCUAGCCACCUGGAAGCACGGCUUCCAAGGGGCUUGUCCCGAAAAAUCGGCGAUUCUCGCCGAAUCCCAGGUAGUCCAGGAAAGUCACGACAUGUCGAUCUCGGAAGUGGGUGGUUGGAACCUGGACAUCCAUCAUCGCUACAACUUCCACGAGGGAAUCCUUCAGAAGGGUGACGGGUCCAACAUCUACCUGAAGCACAAGCCGAGAGUGAUCCUCACGACAAUGGGAGAUGGACACCAGAGGCCUCUCGACUGCUACGAUUGUGACGGUCAAGCCUACAAACAGCGUCUUCUCGCUCCAGUAGCUCUAGCAGCAUCUCCAGACGGUUCAAUCUUCGUCGGUGACUUCAACUUGAUCCGAAAGAUUCUCGUCGACGGAACAGUGCGAACUGUUGUGAGACUGAAUGCCACUAGAGUAUCGUACAGAUAUCACAUUGCACUCAGUCCUCUAGACGGAAUUCUCUACAUCUCAGACCCAGAGUCUCACCAAAUCAUUCGCGUUCGUGACACAAGUGAUUAUUCAGAUCCAGAUCAUAAUUGGGAGGCAGUGGUGGGUUCGGGUGAACGCUGUCUACCUGGUGAUGAGGCACACUGUGGUGAUGGCGCUCUAGCACGUGAUGCCAAACUAGCUUAUCCAAAGGGUGUAGCUGUAUCAGCUGACAAUGUCCUCUAUUUUGCUGAUGGUACCAACAUUCGGAUGGUGGACAGAGAUGGAAUAAUUACGACAGUUAUUGGUAAUCAUAUGCACAAGUCCCACUGGAAACCAAUACCGUGUGAGGGAACGCUCAAUGUCGAAGAGGUUCAUUUGCGCUGGCCCACAGAGCUAGCCAUCAAUCCCCUCGACAAUUCUCUUCACAUGAUCGACGAUCAUAUGGUACUGCAGCUGGCACCCGAUGGUAGAGUCAAAGUCGUUGCUGGCAGGCCACUUCACUGCGCUAGUCCAUCAGCUAGCUUUGACACUGAACUUGCUACACACGCAACAUUAGUAAUGCCCCAGAGCAUUGGUUUUGGGCCCUCUGGUAAUCUCUUCAUCGCUGAGAGCGACUCCCAGAGGAUCAACCGAGUGAGAGUGAUCGGAACGGAUGGGAAAAUUUCACCGUACGCCGGAGCUGAAUCCAAAUGCAACUGUCUGGAAAGAGGGUGUGAUUGUUUCGAAGCUGAUCAUUAUCUCGCUUCCACUGCCAAAUUCAAUACCAUCUCGGCGGUAGCAGUGUCCGCUGAUGGUGUUGUGCAUAUCGGCGAUCAGGCGAACUACAGAAUACGAUCGGUCAUGGCUAGCAUUCCAGAUGCCAAUGGAGCACGAGAGUACGAGAUCUAUUCCCCAGACACUCAAGAGAUCUAUGUGUUCAAUCGUUUUGGCCAGCACAUCGCCACUAAGAACAUACUCACUGGUGAAACUUGCUACUUGUUUACGUACAAUGUUAAUACGAGUAAUGGAAAACUCAGUACUGUGACUGAUGCCUCUGGUAACAAGAUUUUUCUGUUGAGAGAUUACACGUCCCAAGUGAACUCCAUCGAGAACACGAAAGGACAGAAGUGUAGACUUCGCAUGUCAAGGAUGAAGAUGCUUCAUGAAUUGAGUACUCCGGAUAAUUAUAAUGUUACUUUUGAUUAUCAUGGACCGACUGGCCUGCUGAAGACCAAAUUAGACAGCACUGGGAGGAGCUAUGUCUAUAAUUAUGAUGAAUUUGGAAGAUUAACGUCCGCUGUCACUCCAACUGGUAAAGUCAUCGGUCUUACGUUUGAUCUGAGUGUCAAAGGUGCCACUGUGAGGGUGGGACAGAAUAAUAGAAAGCCAGUGUCAAUGCUGAUCAAAGGUUCUUCAGUUGUCACGAAGAUCGGAGAGGCAGAGCAGAGGACCACUGUAUCUGGAGAUGGUUCAGUCAGCCGAGUAACUCCUUGGGCCCACACAUUCAGCACUGAUACUCUCUCUUACGCCAUUCUAGCUGAAAUCGAGGCACUACUUGGUGAGAGCUACCCAGUCCCUGCUAAACAACGAACUGAGAUCUCUGGUGAUCUCGCUAAUAGAUUCGAGUGGAGAUACUUCUUGCGAAAAGUCCAGGGGAAAAAUCGAGGAAAUCCAAAAGCAGUCGCUCAAGUUGGGAGAAAGCUUCGAGUCAAUGGAGACGUAUUGUUGUCACUUGAAUAUGAUCGAGAGACAAAUACUGUUGCUGUUUUCAUUGAUGAUAGAGUGGAGCUGCUUAAUGUGACUUAUGACAGAAAUGCUAGGCCUCUGAAGUGGGGACCCAGAAAUGGAAUAUUCACAGAAGUUGAUUUGGAGUACGAUAGAUUCAGCAGAUUGACAAAAUGGACUCGUGGUGACAUCAGCGAGACGUACAGCUUCGACCGGGCUGGAAGACUCUACGAGAUCAAAUACAGCGAUGGUACGUCCAUGGUGUACGCUUUCAAGGAUAUGUUCAGUUCUUUACCGCUGAAGGUUACGACACCACGUGGAAGUGAUUAUCUUCUUCAGUAUGAUGAAGCUGGAGCUCUCCAGUCUUUGACGACUCCUCGAGGACACAUCCAUGCAUUCUCGCUUCAAACGUCUCUCGGUUUCUACAAGUAUCAGUACUAUUCACCAAUGAAUAGACAUCCUUAUGAGAUAUUGUACAAUGAUGAUGGACAGAUUCUAGCCAAAGUCUAUCCACACCAGAGUGGAAAAGUUGCAUACGUCUACGAUCAUACGGGCAAGUUGGAAACAACACUCGCUGGACUCUCCUCCAUCCAUUACACUUAUCAGGAAACAACUAGUCUCGUUAGAAGUAUUGACAUCAAUGAACCAAACUUCGAGAUGAGGAUCGAGUACAAAUAUCAUGCUGGCAUCGUAAAGGACGAGAAGAUCAAAUUCGGAAGCAAAAGUGGAAUGGAUAAUGCGCAUUAUCGUUAUCAGUACGAUGGUAAUGCGAGGAUAUCAGGGAUCGAGGUUGAUAUCAAUGGGAAGCAGUUGCCACAGCUUCGACUGAAGUACAAUCAGAAUCUCGGUAUUCUCGAGGGUGUAGGGGAUUUGAGAAUUUACCGAAACUCGUUCAACCGAUCUGUGAUGCAGGACAGUGGAAAACAAUUCUUCACUGUCACGGAUUAUGAUGAAUACGGAAGAGUCAAAUCCAUUCUCACGAAUAUUGGAACUAUGGAUGUCUUCAGAAUGGAACUGGAAUAUGAUAACAGAAACAGAAUAAAAAUGAGAAAGCUCACCAUUGGAAAGGAGUCGAUGGACAAGAAGGAGUGGUCAAGAAUCGAUAAAAUAACGUACAAUGCUGACGGACAUGUGCUUGAAGUCGCUGAUACCGAUAAUAAUUGGCAAUACGCGUAUGACGAGAAUGGAAAUGUUAUCGGGGUCACUGAGCACAAUGAGAAGAUCACACUAGGUUAUGACAGCGGUGACAGAGUUGUUCAGUACGGAGACGUCGAGUUCAACUCUUACGACAGCAGGGGAUUCGUUGUUAUUCGUGGCGAGCAUAAAUACAGAUACAACUCCCGAGGACAGCUGAUCCAUGCUUCUGAACACAAGAAGUUCCAGAUCUGGUACUUCUACGAUGAUCGCGGUCGCCUCAUUUCCUGGAAUGACGAUCGUGAAAAUAUCACCCAGUUCUUCUACACAAAUCCAAAAACUCCUGAUCUCAUUACCCACGUCCACUUCCCCAAGGCCGGCAAGACGUUCCGUUUUCUCUACGACUCUCGUAACUUCCUCAUAACUGUCGAGAUAUCUGAGCAACGAUUCUACGUUGCCACUGAUCAGAAUGGAUCUCCUCUCGCUCUCUUUGAUACGAAUGGUAAUUUAAUGAAGGAGAUGCGGAGGACACCGUUCGGCAAAAUCAUCAAGGACACCAAUCCAGAUUUCUAUUUGCCCAUUGAUUUUCAUGGUGGUCUCUUCGAUCCAAAUACUAAAUUGAUUUAUCUCCAGAAACGAUUGUACGAUCCGACCGUCGGCCAGUGGAUGACACCAGCUUGGGAGCAGAUGGCGAAUGAAUUGACGACUCCAACGGACAUCUUCAUCUACAGAUUCAGGAAUAACGAUCCGAUAAAUAUGAGGCAGAAUGUUGAAUACAUGACUGAUAUGAAUAGCUGGUUGAGACUUUAUGGUUAUGAUAUUCCAUCGAUGCUGGGCUCUGAGUACACCAAGACGAUGGUUUAUCAACCAAGUGCUACUAUAACUUCUCCUCAAUUAACACCGGACUUCGGUGUGAUGUCGGGAUUGCAGUGCAUCGUUAAUCGAGUCCACGAAAAAUUCUCAGAUCUCGAUUUUGUUCCCAAACCACUUCUCAAACUCGAACCAAAAACGAGAAAUCUACUUCCCCGAGUUGCACAUCGUCGUGCAGUCUUCGGUGAAGGUAUCCUAGUCUCAAGAGUAGGUGGACGUGCACUCGUGAGCGUUGUAGAUGGCAUCAACAGCGUUGUCCAAGACGUCGUCACCUCAGUCUUCAACAAUUCGUACUUUUUGCCACUUCACUUCAGCGUCCAUGAUCAAGACGUUUUCUACUUUGUGAAGGACAAUACCCUGAAGAUGAGGGACGACAUGGAGGAGCUCAGAAGACUCGGCAGUAUGUUCAACGUUUCAACUCAUGAAACAACGGAGCACGGCUCAGGUACUUACAAAGAGCUCAGACUUCACAAUCCAGAUGCUGCCGUUGUUAUAAAGUAUGGAGCUGAUCCUGAGCAGGAGCGUCACAGAAUUCUCAAGCAUGCACACAAAAGGGCUGUGGAGAGGGCGUGGGAGAUUGAAAAACAACUGGUUAUGGCUGGAUUCCAAGGACGUGGUGACUGGUCUAAGGAGGAGAAGGACGAGCUCAUUGCUAGGGGAACAGUGGAUGGAUAUGAAGGUGUUGAUAUUCAUAGUGUACACAGGUAUCCACAGCUAGCUGAUGAUCCUGGUAAUGUGGCAUUCACUCGUGAUACCAAACGAAAACGUAGGAAGAGUGGCAACAGAAGAAACAGAAAUCACAGGCAUGACUCGUGAUGAGGUAAUCAUUGAGUUUUGCUUAUUUUCUUUUUUUUUUAUUCAUAAUUGAUUAAAUCAAUAUGAACUCGUCAACGUGUGACAAUUUGGUGCCAUACGGUCCAGAGCAGCGGUUAUGAUACAGUGAUCCGUGAAGUGUCAAAAUUAAGCUAGUCGCAUUUUAUUAAACGAAGAUAUAAAGCUUGUUAAAAUGAGGUGAUUAUUUUAUUGAGAAUGAUGAUGAUAAAACAACAAUGGGAAUGUGUAAAGUUAUUUGGCGUUUUGCGCUGUGCGUUUUAGAUCAUUCUGAAGAUUUUUUUUUUUUCUUUUCUACUCACCAGUGGAGUUAAGCGAGUAGUUAUAAUUGUAUAAAUUAAAUUGAAUAUGAUCUGGUUGGAGUGUUUGGUCGGAAUUCAAUGACGAGUUUGGAUCAAUUAAUCUGCGGGAUCUAUUUUUUAAAAAAAUGGACACGAGAGCCCAUCGUCCAAGACGCGUUCGUCCAAAAAUUAAUGAAAAUAAGAAUGAUUAAAACGAAAAGAAUGAGCCGUCGCUCUUAGGUUCUCGGUGACUGUUGAGGAAGAGAGAGAGAUGGGGGGGAAAAAAAAAUUUGAAUAGUAGAAACAAGAGAUGAAAAUGCAAGAGUGAUGCAAAUAUUUUUAACAAUGACGUAAAAUUCAUUCUCUGUUUUUAAUUUGUUUCUUUCGUUUUAUUUUUUAAUGAAAAUUGUACAUAUGGCUAAUUCAAUUAAUUGUGAAUGUAGAUAGUAUUAUGAUAAAUAAAGGUAAACUGUUCAUGGACGCCUGGGAUUAAACAAUAAUCGAGCGCCGCUUUUUUAUAUGUAUACACAUAAAAUAAAUUAGAAGACAGGCUAACACACGCUCGGGAUACGUGAAUGAGAUAUAUUAUUGAACAUUCUACUAUGAAAAAUUGUAAUGCAACAGUUUUUCAAUAUAACGGUAGAGACUUGUACAUAGUUUAAUAACGUUUAAUUACAAUUAUCUUUAAGGGAGUAUGUUGUGUCCAAAGGAAGACUCGAGUGAAUGAAUUAUACAAAUGGGUCUAACUCAAGGUUUUAAAUGACAUGCCGGAAAUACCGAGUAAGUGAAGAAUAAGGUCUAAUCAAUGUCCAAGAUUUAUUGUAAUGUGAUGCAAAUAAAAAAAAAGAAGUAUGAAAGAUAAUACAUGAAUAUCCCCGCCUAUCUUUCUACUAAUAAAUAAACAUAAAAAGAGCAUAAAUAAAGAUUUAUUUUUUGAACUGUCGAAGAGGCCCUAUUUAGUCACACGGAAAAGAAAUAAAAUAUGUAUCGUCGUGAAGCUGAUGACGAAUUAAAUAAUUUUCCCCUCGCCUAAAGCCUGAAAAAAAAAUUGAAAAAAAAAAACAACAUUUCAAUGAAAUGCUCGAGUGUAAUGGGAAGAAUAAAAAUUCAUCCUCGAAUUUUUUAUUAUUUCAGAAUGAGAUAUUUUCGGAUAUCGUUCGUCAUUUUUUUUUUUUUUGGGUUUGAUAAUUGAAACACUCAUUAUGUUUGGGUAUUUCAAUGAGAUAAUUAAUGAUGUAAGAAAGCAAAAGUUAUCAAUCGUCGAUGUUAAAAGUAUUAGAAGUAGAAAAAUCUCAGCGGAAUGGUAGAUAAAACUAAAACAUGACGUAAUCAAUAUAGAAAGUAUAAACGGCGAAGGGUAUAUGUAUAAAAUUAGGGGAAGUCCAUGCUGUAAUUUGUAUUUUCAGAACGCGACGGUUUUUUUUCUCUAUCUCCACCACGCGCUCACAACAAUACCUCUUCGAAAAAAAAAUGGAAAUUCUCAACGAAAACAUUCGAGUGUUUAAUUUUAAGGCCCUGACGGUGAUGGAGUGGAAAAAGCGCUUUGAAAAAAUACAGCUAAAUGCGAUUAUAUGGAUAGAGUAUUUGGGUAGAGAUUCGAGCAGACGCGGCUCCACCGCGUUGUGUUCUAUACAUACAUGUAUAAAUAAUUAAUGAGAAAAGUAAAUGAAUAAAAAUUUUAGAACCGA